ACAACCUCAUUUGUAAAAUUGUGCUUGCUCUGUGCAUUUCCAGUGUAUUAUAUAAAGACAUGGUCACUUUUAGGGGAAAUGUCCGAAAAACUAAGAAGAUGCAGAAAGGAGUUGGCUGCAGCCAUUGACCGGGCAUUUGAAGGAGUCAGUCAUUCCCAAGAGUGCACAAACCAGCAGAGACUGGAGCUGGACACUGCUCCAUUUUCCUUCUCGCUGCCCAUGCACAGACUUCUCUGCAGAAGACAUCCAUCGGCAGCCUGCUCUUCUGCUGCUCCUUUUGCAGCUGUCCCAUGUCCUCUUGAUAAUGAGAACCUUGCCUUUGCAUCAAACCCUGUCCCAGUAAAUGCAAAACCACAUGUUUUAUGCCCCAAAAGAAAACCUCUGAGCAGCAAAGAAAAUGUACUGAUCCAUUCCUCCAUUUUGGCACCUGAAAGACAGUUUUGGAGAGCUGCAGGAGAUGGGGAAAACUGGAGAAAAGAAAGUUUAAGGAAAGAUAUGGAAAGAGAUUUGAAGGUUGACUCAAACAUGCCACUCAACAGUUCUAGCCAAGAGGUCACAAAGGAUCUGCUUGACAUGAUUGACCACACAAGUAUCCGAACUAUUGAAGAAUUAGCUGGAAAAUUAGAAUUUGAAAAUGAGCUGAACCGUGCUUGUGGUCGCUGCCAAGAUUCACCCUUCAAGGAAGAAGCCUGGGCUUUGCUUAUGGAUGAGAGCCCCCAGAAGGCAUUGGAUGCUGACCCUGGUAGUCUGAAGCAGGCUUUUGAUGAUAAUAAUAUAGUUGAGACAGUUCUGGACUUGGAAGAGGACUAUAAUUUGAUGACCUCUUUUAAAUACCACAUGGAUUAAGGACUGUUGUUCUUAGC